GUCGUAAAAUGGAGGGAACAAGUGGCUGGGAAAGCUUAGCAGCAGCUCUAUCCAACUACAAAUUAGGAAGAACACUUGGUUUUGGAGCAUUUGGCAUAGUUAAAGAAGGCCGACAUAAAUUUAGUGGGAUCAAAGUUGCUAUCAAAAUCCUUGAACGUCAUUUUAUAAAUGAUUUAGAUGACGAGAAAGUGAAACGAGAGAUAAAUAUAAUGCGGCUCCUUUCACAUCCACAUAUUGUUCGCCUUUAUGAGGUCAUAGAGACUCGUCCAGCCAUAUUUGUAAUUAUGGAGUAUAUGGAUUCAGGUGAACUAUUUUAUCAUAUUACUGAAAAAGGUAGACUUGAGGAAGCUGAGGCUCUCCAUUUCAUUCAGCAGAUUAUUUCAGGUGUUGAAAGUUGCCACCUUCACAAGGUGGUUCACCGAGAUAUUAAGCCAGAGAAUCUACUUCUUGACUCAAAGGGCAAUGUCAAAGUUGCUGAUUUUGGACUAGCUAAUAUUAUGCGAGAUGGCCACUUUCAUCAGACUAGCUGUGGAAGCCAUAAUUAUGCUGCUCCAGAGGUUAUCUCGGGAAGCCUUUAUGCUGGUCCUGAAAUUGAUAUUUGGAGCUGUGGGGUUGUUUUAUAUGCUCUUUUAUCUGGAACGCUUCCUUUUGAUGAUGGAAUUGUGUCCGUUUUACAUUCAAAGAUAAAGAGUGGAAUAUUUGCAUGCCCAAGUUACUUGUCUCUUGGAGCACGUGAUUUAAUUAAGCGUAUGCUCAUCGUUGAUCAAGUUAAACGUAUAUCUAUUCCUGAAAUAUACAAGCACCCAUGGUUUCAAAUAGAUCUUCCAAAGUACAUUGCUGUCAACUUGGUCAAUACUCCAUGGUGUGAAAAAGAGAUUGACAUUCCAGUUCUAGAAGAGAUGGGUGUCUUAGGCUUUAAUGUUCAAGAAGUGAUUGCAUCGUUGAAUAAGUCGUUGCAGAAUCAGGCAACAGUUACAUAUUCUAUGUUGUUGACUAGGAGCUUAAAUAGCCAUGGUUAUGACAACGACAAUCUUCAAGAAUCUUUGUCACCCAAAAGUAUGGAGCGUCGCGAAGUUUAUGUAAGGCCAAUUCCUCCUGUUCAUGGCAACUGGGUGCUGGGAUUCAAGUCUAGUGCAUCUCCACAUGAAACUAUGAGACAUGUUUUUGCCCUCCUUAAGUUCUUAAAUGUAAGGUGGAAGAAGAUCGGAUCCUACAACAUAAAAUGUAUGUGGAAACCAGCAGUUAGAAGCUAUACCGUUCCUAUGCGUGUCCAUAAACUUACUCUAAGAGAAGACACCACUUGGAAUGCACCGAUCAAGAGUUCGCUUAAGGAAAAAUUCAGCUUGUAUGAAGAUGUCAAGUUUGAAAUUCAGCUAUACAGAGCCAAUGCAGAUUCGUAUGUUUUAGAUUGGCAAAGAGUUUCUGGGACUCCUUUUCUUUUCAUGGAGCUUUGUGCUAGAUUUCAUGCUUGUGUAAUCGCAUAACUAUUGAGCCAUUGUCAUGUUUUUGUACUUCUGAAUGACAACUUUCAUUAUAA